AUGGAACGCAAAACGUCCACAUCCACCGGCAACACCAUGCUCAAACGAGAUCGAAGAGUCCCACCUGGUGUCCUCGACAGCGCGCGACGCACCAUAUGCAACAAACGCUUCGGUGAGAUCGUCACCUGGGACAAAUACGGCUAUGAAACCAACGGCGCCGAAGCCGUGGCCACAGCAAGCUGCCUUCCCGGCGGUGGACCCCCUCUGCAUUAUCACACGACAUACGCCGAACGAUUCCAACCCAUCGACGGAGACCUGAGUGUGAUGCUGGGCGACGGGGCCAAACAAACCCACAUUGUCGUCAAGCCCGGCGAGGCGGUCGACGUACCGAUUGGAGCCAAGCAUCGCUUCUUCAAUGAGUCGGACAAAGAAGUCAAGUUCAGGGGCUGGGUGCUGCCGGCCCACGCCGGGUUCGAGCAGAGCCUGUACAUCUUGUACGGGUUGAACAAUGAUGGCCUCGGCGAUCCCAAGACGGGCUUGCCAUCCAGUUUGUUGCACACUGCUGUGGUUGCGAAUCUGGGAGAUAUGAGGUUUCCAGGUCUCGCGGGCGGAAUGACCAAUUAUUUCGUCAAGAUAUUGGCCUGGUAUGCUAGGUGGACUGGGGUUGAGGAAGAGUUGUUGAAGAAGUACUGGGAUUGA